AGUAGAUAUCCAUCUCUCUUACUUUGAUGCUUUGAACAGUGUUGUAACACAGUACCGCUAUAAACUGGUAUAAAUCAGUAUAAAUUUUGAUACCCGUCGUCGUAAUGGUUGUAUUUUAUGUUUACAAAAGAUUAAAUAUUACAAAGGAUUAAAAUAUUAAAAGACAAACAUUAUAUUUAAUUAAAUUUGUUAGAAUACAUUUAGAGUUGAACCAUGGAUGUAUGAAUAUAAACUGAAACUGAGUGCGAAAGUGAAUUAGGUUAGGAUUCAUUAAAGGAAACUUUCAUAAUCCCGUUUUCAUCCUACGAUAGUAGAAAAUUGUGUUAAAGAAAACCAUGUCAGACAGUUCUGAUGAUGAAUUAAACUGUGAUUACGAGAAAACAUCGUGGACUUUGUAUAAAGAUCGCGAUGAGUGGAAUGAUGUGACUCCUUUACCCCAAGAUGAUGGUCCUCAUCCCAUCGUAUCAAUUGCAUAUUCCGAAAAGUUUAAAGAUGCCUAUGAUUAUUUCCGUGCCAUUCUAAAGUCAGGUGAAAAGUCAGAACGUGCAUUAGCUUUAACAGAAGCCUGUAUAUGGCUUAAUCCUGCCAAUUAUACUGUAUGGCAAUACAGAAGAGAGAUACUUAAAGCUCUGGCAAAAGAUUUAUACGAGGAACUAAAAUAUACAGAUCGGAUGAUAAAAUACAAUUCUAAAAAUUAUCAAGUUUGGCAUCAUAGAAAGAUUAUUGUUGAAUGGUUGCAAGAUCCUAGAGAUGAACUAGCAUUUAUAGAAACUGUUUUAUGCAAAGAUGCCAAGAAUUAUCAUGCUUGGCAACAUCGUCAGUGGUGUAUACAGACUUUCAAUUUAUAUGAGAAGGAAUUAGAAUAUGUGGAACAAUUGCUAAAUGAUGAUGUCCGUAACAACUCUGCUUGGAACCAGCGCUAUUUUGUAAUAAACAACACAACAAAGUUUGAACAAGAAGUGGUAGACAGAGAAGUUGACUUUGCACUGGAGAAGAUUCAGUUAGAAAAGGGAAAUGAGAGCGCUUGGAACUAUUUAAGAGGAAUAUUGUUACGUCAUAGUAAAGGCUUAGGUUAUAAUGAAAAAGUAAGGCAUAAAUGUGAAGAAAUGUAUAAGGAAGGAUGCCGCACCAAUCAUUUGUUGGCUUGUAUGAUUGAUAUUUGUCAAGAAAGAAGUCCAAAUGAUGAAGCUCCAUCCCCUUUAUUUCACAUUGAUUUCGCAUACGAGCUAUGCAAGGAUUUAGCGAAAAAAUAUGAUACAAUAAGAUGGCGAUAUUGGGAUUACAUGGGUAAUCAGCUAUUGUCAAAAUUGAAAACAGAAUCUUCAGAUUAAAAACUGUAGCAAUCCUAUAAUGUAAAUUGUUCGAAAAUUUUUAGAUAAUGUUUUACAUAUCAAUCUGCAUGGUUGAUGUAUUUUGGCCUCUUUUGCCUACAAGUACGUAUUUGUAUUAUCAGGGUUGGGUAAGAUUAUAUAUAUUUUUAACUAAAUUAAGUUGAAAAGUUAUAAUGGUUUAAAAAACUAAUUUAGUUACGUUAAAAGUUACGUGAACAAAAAACUAACUAGUUAAAAGUUAAGAGUAAAUUAACUUGAGUUAAAUUAGAUAGAAAUUAAUUUUGAAAAACAUUA